UUGCCUGUCUGACAGUCAGAGAAGUGGGAGAUUUAAAACAAAAAAAACAAAAAAAAACUUCAGCUGUUAACAGCCGCCGACUUGUGUGGGCAGCUUGUAGGGAUUCGGGAACGCUCACUUAUUUACUUUAACUGGACAUAAUUUCCUCUUAUCUCCAUCAGCUGUGUAAAAUGCUGUAACAUUCAUGGAUGAGCGUACUGCUGGCACUGGCUACUGUUAGGUGUAACAUUAGACAUAGCUGGGCUGCAGGCCUGCACAACCAUUCUUUUGAGUCUGUUGAGAACAUGCACAAUGGGAAGGGGACAGAGUGGAAGAUGAAUCCCCUGAGGAGCCUAAGGGUUCCAACUUCCGAUCAGAGCUUCAGCUGUGACUGUGCAUCUUUAACAAAAUUCUGAACACAGAACGGGACUACGCUGCAGAUAGAUCCUCUGGAGGAGUAAUGAAUGGGAAAUUGGAUGCUAUUGCUGGAAAUCCAGUCUGUAUCAAAGCAUUUUCUCUGACAGCUUGUUCAAAACUAUCCUGGACAUAUGAAACUGGAAAUUCAUCUAUCCUUAUUGCAAGCUUUGCCAAUGGGAUGUGGUCACAAAAUAAAUCCUUUGAGAGAAGAAUGGAAGUACACAGUGAUGGUACUUUGACUAUAAGAAAGGUGGAGACAGAAGAUAGUGGACUUUACACUGCCAACGGAGUAGUUUCCACUUGUAAAACAACAGGAGAGUCUGAACUAUCUCGCAGCACUGCUAAAGCUUUUCAACUGAAUAUGCAUCUCACUGUGUUUGAGAAAGAAGCAUGCAGGCCUCAUUCCUCCAAGUUUUCCUUGAAGUGUGUAGGCUGGGAUGACACAGAGUUACAAACUAGAUGGUUUCUCAACAAGAGUCUGCUUAAAAGUUCUGAAACUCACAAGGUUAAAGGCAGUGCCUUAGAGGUCCUAGACUACCCAAAAGAAAACUCUGUAUAUACGUGCAGAAUUUCCAAAGUAACUAAUACUACUAAAAGUGGCAGCCAGGACCUCAGCUACUGCACAGUGAAGGCAGUUGUCAUUUCUGUACUCUUGAGCAUUCUGUGUGCUGCCGUCACAGCAGCACACUGUAUGGAAAGGAAGCAGAGAGCUCAGUAGAAGAAUGAAAAACUUACAGAAUGUUCAAUUACUGGGUGUAAUUUUUGAUUUGUAUGCUAGUGAGCCUGAUAAAGUUUAAUUAAUUUUAAUGUUCUCCCAAGUUAUUCAUUUGGACUGUAUGCAAUGUUUAUAUAUACUUAAAGAAUGUACGGAAUUUGAGAAAAAGUAGCCGAUUUAAUGAGUGCCCCACUUGCAUGCAUAAAGCCCAUAAUGCUCAUUAUAGUCACUUUACUUCAUUUACACAGCUUUUAGAAAACUACAGGUCUGCUGUUAUUUUUUUACACUGUUGGAAUAAUUUCUGAAUCCUUUAAUCAAACAACAUUUUCCAUUAUGUAUGCAUUUAUUUUAGAUAGCUACAGAAUGUCCACAAAUAAAUACCACUUUUAAGCAUA